AGAAGGGAGAGAGAAGAGGAGAGAGCGCAGGAAAGCAAGAAAAAGAAGCUAGAGCUGAGAGGUAGAGAGUCGCAGGAGCAAGAGGGAGAAUGCACGGUGUCUGGGUAACACUUCCACGCUUGUAUCCAGGGCCUUUGUGAAUACACCAUGGGAUGCAUUGGCUCCAGGAGACUGACGGCGGAUGGCGUGCCAGUCCAGAAGGAUGGGGAGCAGCAUGGACGUUCAGAAUUUUCAUGGGAAGGAAUCAAUCUGUCUAUGGAAGACACCACAUCAAUCCUGCCACGGCUCAAGAGGAACUCAAACGCUUACGGCAUCGGGGCUUUGGCUAAGUCUUCUCUGUCAGGUGUGUCAGGUGUGUCACGCACUAUGAAAGAGCGGGUGACCAAGCCCACAGCCAUGGCCCAGGGUCGAGUCGCUCACAUGAUUGAAUGGCAGAACUGGAGCAUGACGACGGUGGGUCCUGGGGGCAUCCCCCAGUCUCGCAUCACCACCCAGGAGCGGGAAAAGGAGCGUCGGCUGGAGAACGAUGCUUACAGCGACCUCAGUGACGGAGAGAAGGAGGCCCGUUUCACUGCAGGUAUCCUGCAGCAGUUUGCGAUCUCGGAGGCAACACUCCUGGCCUGGUCAUUGAUGGAUGGAGACAGUCCGCGGUCGGGCUCAAACCAGGGCAGCGUGGCUCAUCUGAGCGAGGUCAACCAGGAGAGCAUAACCAGUCGAGGUAAAAGACUACAAAUGACUACAAAAAUGGAUUCAGUUUGUAGCUAUAGUAAUAUUUGUUUCUUCUUAAUGCACAGUAGGGCUAUCAAAAAACA